UAUUGUUAGUAGAGACGGGGUUUCUCCAUUUUGAUCAGGCUGAUCUGGAACUCCUGACCUCGUGAUCCGCCUGCCUCAGCCUCCCAAAGUGCUGGGAUUACAGGCGUGAGCCACCGUGCCCGGUUGGGAGGUCAUUUUAAGGAGGGCUGCCCAACUGCAAGGGAGCUAUAAGCAGGAAGUGAAACCACAGCGCUUCAAAAAAAAGAGCGGGACUGGGACAAGCGUAUCUAAGAGGCUGAACAUGAAUCCACGGAAAAGGUUUCUCUCCUGUGCCUUCAGAAAUCCGAUGAAGCGGAUGUAUCAAAGCACAUUCUACAACAACUUUGAAAAUGAACCCAUCCUCUAUGGUCGGAGGUACACCUGGCUGUGCUACGAAGUGAAAAUAAUGAAGGACCACUCAAAGCUCCCUUGGUACACAGGGGUCUUUCGAGGCCAGGUGUAUUUCGAGCCUCAGAACCACGCAGAAAUGUGCUUCCUCUCUUGGUUCUGUGGCAACCAGCUGCCUGCUUACGAGUGCUGCCAGAUCACCUGGUUUGUAUCCUGGACCCCCUGCCCGGACUGUGUGGCGAAGGUGACCGAAUUCCUAGCUGAGCACCCUAAUGUCACCCUGACCAUCUCUGCUGCCCGCCUCUACUACUACCGGGGUAGAGAUUGGCGGAGGGCGCUCCGCAGGCUGUAUCAGGCAGGGGCUCGCGUGAAGACCAUGGACGAUGAAGAAUUUGCAUACUGCUGGGAAAACUUUGUGUACAAUGAAGGUCAGUCAUUCAUGCCUUGGGACAAAUUCGAUGACAAUUAUGCAUUCCUGCACAGCAAGCUAAAGGAGAUUCUCAGAAACCCAAUGGAGGCAAUGUAUCCACACAUAUUCUACUUCCACUUUAAAAACCUACGGAAAGCCUAUGGUCGGAACGAAAGCUGGCUGUGCUUCACCAUGGAAAUUAUAAAGCAUCACUCAACUGUCUCCUGGAAGAGGGGCAUCUUCCGAAACCAGGUUGAUCCUGAGACCCGUUGUCAUGCAGAAAGGUGCUUCCUCUCUUGGUUCUGCGAGGACAUACUGUCCCCUAACACAAACUACGAGGUCACCUGGUACACAUCUUGGAGCCCUUGCCUAGAUUGUGCAGGGGAGGUGGCCGAGUUCCUGGCCAGGCACAGUAAUGUGAAGCUCGCCAUCUUCACCGCCCGCCUCUACUACUUCUGGGAUACAUAUUACCAGCAGGGGCUCUGCAGCCUGAGUGAGAAAGGGGCCUCCGUGGAGAUCAUGGACUACGAAGAUUUUAAAUAUUGUUGGGAAAACUUUGUGUACAAUGGUGAUGAGCCGUUCAAGCCUUGGAAGGGACUAAAAUACAACUUUCUAUUCCUGGACAGCAAACUGCAGGAAAUUCUCGAGUGAGGGGUCUCCCCGGGCCUCAUGGUCUGUCUCUUCUAGCCUCCUGCUCAUGCUGCGGGGGCCUCCCCUCCACCCUGGACCAGUCUGCUUUUGCCUGGUCAUCCUGAGCCCCUCCUGCCCUCAGGGCCAUUCCACAGUGCUCCCCUGCCUCACCGCUUCCUCCCCGCUCUCCCAGGCUCUUCCUUCAGAGGCCCCUUUCUGCCUCCAUGGCUACCCAUCCACCCACCAAGACCCUGUUCCCUGAGCCUGUGUGCCCCUAACCUGCCUUUUCCCAUCUCCCCAGCAUAACCAACCUUUUUUUUUUUUGAGACGGAGUGUUGCUCUGUCGCCCAGACUGGAGUACAAUGGCUUGAUGUUGGCUCACUGCAAACUCCGCCUACCAGGUUCAAGCAAUUCUCCUGCCUCAGCCUCCCAAAUAGCUGGGAUUACAGAUGCCUGCCACCACGCCCAGCUAAUUUUUUUUUUUUUUUUUUUUGUAUUUUUAGUAGUAACUGGGUUUCACCAUGUUGGCCAGGCUGGUCUUGAACUCCUGACCUCAGGUGAUCCGCUCAUCUUGGCCUCCCAAAGUGCUGGGAUUACAGGCGUAAGCAACCCCGCCCGGCUGCAUAAACAAAUCUUAUUAAACUCAACCUAGGCUGGCUGCAGUGACUCAUGCCUGUAAUCCCCCAGCAAUUUGGGAGGCAGAGGUGGGAGAAUCCCUUGAGCCCAGAGUUCGAGACCAGCCUGGGCCACAGGACAAAGCCCCAUCUCUACAAUAAAUAAAUAAAUAAAUAAAUAAAUAAAUAAAUAGCCAGGUGUGGUUGCAUGCACCUGUAGUUUAAGCUACUUGGGAGGCUGAAGUGGGAAGAUUGCUUGAGCUGGGGAGAUGGAGGCUGCAGGGAACUGAGAUCGCGCCACUGAACUCCGGUCUGCAUGGCAGAUUGAGACCCUGCCUGAAAAUAAAUUCAUAAAUAAACUCAACCUAAAUGAGUAUGAAUAUAUGUAAAUUGAAUACCAGAAGUUUUGAGAAACAUCUUUUGUAAAUUUCAUCCUGUGAAUUGGGUCAUUCAUGUCCUACCCAGCUAAAACAGAGGCCAGGAGCCAGGGAGGAAGAGCAGUCAGGCCACACACCAUUGCUCCCAAAAUGGACUUCUCUGCAAGCCUGACUCCUGAAACUGUGUGUUGUACCCUGAAACCAGCUUUAUCCACAGCUUCUGUGAUAAAUGGCUGUAAGUCUUGGA